AUGAUCGUUAACGUUGCAUCAAAUACUGUUUUAUGCCGUUGUUUUCCGAAUUAUUUAGACGGUCCUGCACUUGAUUGGCUUUGUGCUUUGCCUGCAGGUUCUAUCUCACAAUUUCAACAGCUAGCCAAGCUAUUUGAAGACCACUUUGCUAGAUUUGCAAUUUAUCUGCACGACUCAGAUUACCUGAACACAAUCAAGCAGGAACAAAACGAAAGUUUGAAGGACUACAUGACUCGCUUCACGAAAGUCGCUAUCAGCAUACCCGACCUCCACCCUGAAGUCCAUCUGCACGCUAUCAAAAGCGGACUCCGACCUGGAAAGUUCCAAGAAACCAUCACGGUAGCCAAGCCAAAGACUCUUGUCGAGUUCCACGAGAAAGCCAAAGGACAAAUUGAUAUCGAAGAGCUUAGACAAGCUCGAAAGUCUGACAAAACAUAUUACAGAGAUGAAGAUAAAGCACCAAAUAGUAAGAAAAGUUUUAAGCUAACGCAUCGAUUUGAUUCUUAUACACAGUUCAACACUAAGCGAGAGGACAUAAUCAAAGAGAUCCUGAAUUCAAAACUGAUUAAGUCACCAAGGAAGGCCGGUACCUAUCAAGAUACUAAGAACAUGGACAAGUCUAAAUAUUGCACUUUCCACCAGAAGUACGGUCACACUACUCACGACUGUGUAGUGGCAAAAGAUCUCUUAGAACGGCUAGCUCAGCAGGGCCACCUUGACAAGUACAUCGGAGGUCACAUCCAACGACGUUCAACACCUCCCACAUCCAAUGAGUCGACUGAACAACAACACCGAGGAAAAGAAAAUGCAUCCUCAAGCCAAUAUGAAAAGCCUCGAGGUAUAAUUAAUUGUAUUUCAGGGGGAUACGCCAGUGGAGGGUCCUUAAGCUCGGCAAGGAAGAGAUCGUUCCGAGCUAUAUGCUUGGUAAAUGGACCACAGCGUGAAGCUCAACACGCGACACAACUCCCAAAAGUGACAUUUACGCAUGCAGACUUCGAUUCCAGCAUACAGAACCUAGAUGACCCCGUGGUUAUCACUCUUCAAUUGGGAGAUCUGUUAGUAAGGAAAGUACUUCUAGAUCCAGGCAGUAGCGCCGACGUUCUGUUCUAUUCAACAUUCCAAAAAAUGAAGCUGAGUGACAACAUCCUCCAGACAACAGGGGGAGACCAUGUCAGUUUCUCGGGUGAGCGAGUUCCGGUAUUAGGGUCAGUGUUGUUAAAAAUCACACUAGGUGAGCAUCCUCUUUCAAAAACUUGUGAUAUUCAAUAUUUAGUAGUAGAUUGCUUCAGUCCAUAUAAUCUUAUACUCGGCCGACCUUUCUUAAACAAGUUCGACGCAAUCGUAUCUACAGUUCACAUAUGUGUUAAGUUUCCUCUGCAGGACGAUCACGUUAUAACAAUUCAUGGAGAUCAUAAAGAGGUAUGCCAAUGUUACAACAUCAUCAUAAAACUCCCAGAUCGUUCAAAACCACAAGUCAACAAUGUCCACCUUGCCACUAGCAGCUCGGCAUUAGCCGACCUAGAUCCAAGAGCCAACUUCCUUGAGCGGCCUACACCAUCCAGAGAAUUACAAAAAUUAUAUUUCAAUACUGACCCUAAUAAAUUUACUUAUAUAGGUACGUCAAUAAGCACGGGAGAACUGCAGGCAAUAACGACCUUUCUACAAGAGCAAGUUGACCUCUUUGCAUGGACGCCUUCUGACAUGCCCGGCAUCGACCCAUAG